AUGGGUUUCUACUGUAAAUCAUCAUACAGUAGUUAUUUUCAUGAUCUCUAUCCAUCAAUCUUCUUCGUAAUUAUCAUAAUAUUAUCAGUUUUUCCUAGUAGUACUUCUUCGAAAUCCAUAUCCUUCGACUUUCCAAAAUUCUCACCAAAUGUUUCAAAUUUGCAAUUCCAAAAUGAUACGUUUUGGUCGAGCAACAACUCCAUCGAACUCACCAAGAAUUCAAAGGAUGCUUAUCGUGUUGGAUGGGCUACCUAUUCACAACCUAUACAGCUUUGGAAUGCAACAACCGGAGAGCUUGCAGAUUUUUCUACACAUUUUUCCUUUGUCAUAGCCUGUCCAGAUGGUGGUAAUUGUGGCGAUGGUCUAGCUUUCUUCCUCGCGCCUUUUGGGCGUAAGCUUCCUCCAGAUUCCUCAGGUGGAUCUCUUGGCCUACUUGAGAGAGCCGUAGCUGGGUUGAACUUGACUACAACUAAAGUUGUUGCGGCUGAGUUUGACACUUGGAUGAAUGAUGGAUGGGAUCCAAGUCCGGAUCAUGUAAGUAUCAAUGUUAAUUCGAUGAAAUCUGUGGCUACUGUGCCAUUGGAAAAUCGAAGUUUGAAGGAUGGCAGAAAAGCUAAUGCAUGGGUAACUUAUAACUCCGCUACAAACAACCUAAGUGUUUAUCUAACUUAUGAUGAUAAUCCUGUUUUCAACGGGAAGUCGAUUUUAUACUAUAUUGUUGAUCUAAGCAAGGUUCUGCCGGAGAACAUUAUUGUUGGGUUUUCGGCUGCAAUUGGAGGAUAGGUAGAAACUCAUAAACUCCUUUCCUGGCAAUUCAAUUCCACUCUACAGGUAAACAAAGUAGCAGAAAUUCCUAAAGGAAAAAAAGAUAGUAAAGUUGGUUUGUUGGUGGGU